AUGGGUGACUCCAUCUUCAACUUCUUCAAUCCCCACCACCGCCACUCCUCCUCCUACUACCACCACCACCCUCCUUCCCCUUCCCCUUCCCCUUCCUCUCCCACCGCCCCACUCGCCGCCGACUCCACGCCACCCAAAAAACCCACCAUCUCCUCUUCCAGUGGCGGCGGGGGUCGCAUCUUCACCUGCAUCUACUGCACACGCCGCUUCUCCACCUCCCAAGCACUCGGCGGCCACCAGAACGCUCACAAGCGGGAGCGCGCCGCCGCCCGCAGGAACCUCCUCUCCUCCUCCACCGGCCAAAACAACAACCGCCGCUCCUCCCCACCUGCUACUGCUCCUGCUCCGCCAGCAUUCCCUCCCUCUCCCCCUACUCCGGCUGGGAACCAGAGCAAUAUUCUCGUCGCCGCCAAUCCCUUCUUCACUACUACUUCCGAUCACCACCAGGAAGUGGUAAUCCCAGCCGGCGGUGGAGUGACGUUGUACCCGGACCAGUUAUGCUACUGGGUCCCCCACCACCACCACCAGCAGCAGCAGGAGUCGGCGGCGGCGGGAUUCCAAACUGAGAUCCAGAAUAACCUGCACUACGCCUACAGUUACCCCUACCACCAGUAUGCCCAAUCGUUCCCUGCAGCGCCCAUUCCGGUGUUUUUAGAUCAGCAGCAGUAUCAUAGUCCGGUGGUGGCAGCUGCUCCUAAUUGGCCUUACGGUGGCGGCGGCGGGGAUCCCACUAAUUACGGCAGCACCAACAUUAUUCCUGGUGGCCGUAUGGUACUGGAUAACGUCGUCGACGAGGAGUCGUCGUUCCUGGUGGUGGGCCCACCUCCUCCUCCUACUUCUUCAUCAACCGGAGCUCCCAUGAAUCCGGACUACUCCUCCUCCUCCGCCUAUUACAGCGGCAUUAAUUACCAUCUUCCACCUCAUGACGACGACGCUGAUGCUCAGGAUUUUGCCACUACCGUUGAUCUCACUCUCCGCCUCUAG